AUGGUGUACCUGGGGAACCUGGUGUUGUCUGACAUGGUUGUGACUCUGCUGAUCCCCUUCGAGGUCUUUCAGGAUCUCAACACUGUGUCGGCUGUGUUCCAUAUGUUUUCCUGUCGUUUCCUAAAGCCCAUGAAAUACACAUGCAUGUACGUGAGUAUCUCUGUGUUGGGCCUCAUCAGUGUAGACCGCUUCUUCAAGAUCGUCCAGCCCCGCGGUCAGAUGUUGUGCCAGAACCUCCUCUUUGGGAGAUGGGUCUCUGCCAUCGUCUGGGUGUUCAUGAUCACGACCACGGGGUUACCCAACAUGGUUUUAACCGACCGUUACCCCAACACAUCAUCCGCCGCGGGCAGCUGCAUGGUCUACAAAGGGGAACCGGGUAUCAGGGUCCAUGAAGUGGUCACUAUCUCUCUCAACCUGUUUUUCUGGCUGGUCUGUGUGCUGGUCGUUGUAUGCUACAUGUGCAUCGCCCAGACGGUCAUCCAGUCCUUCCGCAAGUCGGGAAGCAGCAACAGCCAGGCCAAGCAGACGACCAAGCUGCGCGUCUUCCUGGUCCUCUUGGUGUUCCUGGUGUGCUUCGGGCCAUACCACUUGGUCCGAGUCCCGUACACCUUCCAGCAGACCAAGUCGAACGGCUCCUGCAGUGACCCUUUGAGCCGCUACGCCAAGGAGCUGGGUCUGUUGUUCGCCACCGUCAACGUCUGCCUGGAUCCCAUCGUGUACUUCUUCCUGUGCAGAGAGUAUAACGAGAAGCUCACGGCCAUGAUUACAGACGCAGGGAAUGCGUGGAGGAGACCUCGAGCGUGGGGUAAAUCAUAA